GCAUUUCCUGUGUGAACAAUCCUGAAGAUUGCUGUAAUAAUGGCGCCCGAGACGAUGGAAAGAUAGGCAAUGACUUUUUACCUAAAUUAACAAGAAAAAAACGUCUCCCUCUUUACAGCACGAAAGGAGUGCAGUUUCCAUGCAGGCUUGCUCCGCCUUGAAUGCUCUGAGUGCUGCAAUGGUACAGAUUUGGAAUGUGAAUGGUCAUAUGGUUUCCAUGAAAAUAUGGCUUACCAAGGUUCCUCUUACAACUAUUUUAAACCACAGGUCACUCUGAAGGAAAGCAUGGACUCCCAGCUGCUGCCGUCCAAAGUGUUCAGUGAUGGCUCCGCCCUGACCCUGGACCCUGCUCUAUUGUACAGUUCCUGGUCAGUGUUCACUGAUGAUGUCAAGCCUGCUGCCACCUUCCCUGAUGGAAACCUGUCCAGGCCCAAAGUCAACAUGACAUAUUCUGGAAAUGGCCCCGAUGUAUUUGAAAUGGUCUCCAGUAUCCUUGAAGAACCAAAUCCUGAACAUCUUGGAUAUUGGAAUUCAUCUUCCAAGCUGUUUCCUUUUUGGGCUGCAGACAAUGACCACACGAGCCAACAGGAGAAGAUGGUGCAAUUUGGAAAUGGCUCUUCUGAUGUGAUUGAUACUAGUAGCUUUUAUCAGGAUGCUUUUCAGAAGAUAGAGGAAGAUCACAUGGACAGCAUCUACCAUGGUUUUCAAGGCCUUGACCUUAUGGACUCCUGGCUUGUGGGUGAUAAAAAAUAUCCACACCCCGCCAGCCUGGACUCCUCACAUUUCCCUCGCAGUUCUUGCAAUCAAGAUACCCUGCUUAAAGGACCCUCAUUUAGUCCCAGGGAUGACUUUGGAUUCAACAAAAGAGAGUGUGACCAAUGCAUGCAAAAUGGCAGUCAGGAUGUCCUUAAUGGAAGCUUUGAGAAGGUACCAGGUGAGUUUGGAAUGUAUGCAUUUCAUAACCGUAGCAACAGCAACAACACACGACUGCAAAAGGAGUUCAAAGUGGAACAGGGCAGAGAUAAAUUCUCGAAAUGUGGAAGUUCCAUGGAACAGACAAGGUUCGCAUGUGAACGAAGCAGCCCUCCUCAUAGUGAGAAAUGGCCUCACACAAGCCAGCAAAGGCAGUACCCCUAUAGAGGUUAUGAGGAAUAUAAUGCCCAUCCACCACAGCGGAAGACCUCCCCAUCUCAGAGUCACUAUGGCAUUCAACAUACCAAGGUGAAUGGAAGGAUCUGGAAGACAGGUGAACAUCUCAGUCCAAAUCUGCGAAAUAAUUAUCUGUCGAGCAGAAAACUUUAUGGCCGGUGUCAAACUAAUGCUGUUGACUCUUCUUGUGAUUUCACCGCAGCUGAAAACUUAGAGUUCCGAAAUGGGGAUUAUCUGCACCCAGGAAAAAGUGCCCUGGUCUGGUCUGAAGGGGAUGCGUUGAGCCCUUCUUGGAAGUCCAGCUUGCAGAAUGGGAAGAGCAGCAGCCCAGGUCACAGCCCACAGGUGUCCUUGUCAGGUUUGUCAAACACAUCCUGCAAUGGAAACCUUACCAAACACCUGCUGACUCCUAGCCCCAAGCCAUCUUACCGCUCCCAAACCUCCCCAAUCUCGGUGGGGGGAAGGCAAGAACGCAGAGCCAAGCCAGGAGAGAGUCAUCCUGAUGCGUGGCCCCAAGGUAUGACUCCUGGAAACGUAAACCUGAAUACACCUGGCUGUCAUUCCAGAUCGGAUCCCUCAGUCACCAAGUACCACCACAGCCAGCAUGGUUACCCAUCCAGCUGGUCAGCAGCCUCAGCCGGUGAGGAUCCCGACAAGUACCUUUAUAACCGGACCAAGCAUAGCCCAGAUGGCCGUGAUGAUGGCAAGGGGGUGAGGAAGAACAAGGACUGGCUCCCUCAGUCUGAUGCAUAUGGAGGCUCCAGCCGGCACCAGUACAGCAACAACAACAACUACUGGCGCAAACAAGACCAAGAAAAGAGCUGUGCUUCUGACCUGAGCUCUGCUCAGUUUUCAUCCCCUUUCCAGCUCAUGAUGGGAGACCUGAAGCAGAACUCCAGCCUGGCCCAGCUUGGCCUGCAUGGUGGUGGAGGUGGAACUAGUGGAGGCUUCCCAUUGCCUCAGUGUGGAUUCCCCUUCCCUGACCUGAUGGAAAUGCUCCAGAGUGAAGAUUUGAGCCACCUCAGCCCUUUUGUCAGUGAACUGCUCAAUGGUGAUGUGCCGCCCCCUUACUUUGGGUUCCCUCCACUCUUUAACAAGUACAGGCCUAUGAGGAACCGCAGCGGCCCAGCCAAUGAGCUCCAUGUGCAGCUGGAGCUGUGCUAUGAGCAGUGGAGAACCCUGGAGAAGGAGAGGAAAAAGACUGAGGCAAAUUUAGCCAGAAACUUUCCUGGGAGGAGAGUUUCAAGCUCCAACAACACUCCCAUUCCCUGUCUCCCAGCCAAUCCGUCCAGAGUGGAUCGUUUGAUUGUGGACCAGCUGAGAGAGCAGGCUAGGGUUGUGGUAUUGGUUGGAAAGAUGGAACGGAUGCGCAGUGCUCCAGUCCACGCUAAUAUCACCACUACUCUGGAGCGCCACCUGGAGGCCAUCCGUUUCACCCAGCAACGCCGUAAAGAUGAGAUCGUCAACACCGCCAACCGCCAGAGACAGGGAGCCCCCAGAUACAGUGAUGACAAAGAUGUCCUCGCCCUGGCAGCGGCAAUCAAAGAGCUGGCUACACUGACCAGAAAGGCCCGCACGGCGCUGUGGUGCGCCCUGCAGAUGACCCUGCCCAAGGGCGCACUGGGGACCGGGGCGCGGCAUGCGGAACUGGAGCGGGCCCUGCUGGAGCUCUGCAACCCAGGAGAGGGCGAGCCACAGGGCCCAGGGGCCGGCGACACCCAACACCCAACAGGCCCGUUGAGCGACAAGGAGAAAGCCGGACCCAGAGGAGGUAGGGAGGCCAAGGCGGAGAUGGAGAUCAGGACCGCCAACGAUCCGAGGACAGAGUGAGGCUGUCGCUGGAUAUCUACACACAUUUCAGCCGACUUGGAGACGAGAGAAUGCAUCAGGAUGACUUUAUGUGUAUGUUUUUCAGUCUCAGAAUUUACAUUAUGUUCAUGUUCCUGAUGUUUGAGGCAAAACUACAAUAAGGCCAUUUUAAUCAUUGCAUAUCCUCACCGAAUGUUCAGUUUUUGGUUGCUAGAGCUAUUUCUUGCAAUAUCUUAUGUUCAGUUAAUAGCUAAUUAUUUAUUUUCUGCACUUGUUUUUGUGUUGUGUUUCCUUGUAUGUUCAGUGGCUUUGUAGCUGUAGAUAGUUGCAAUUAACACUUAUCCCACAAAUCUGAAGUUCUAGAUGUUCAGUGGUAAAUUGCAUCUAAUUUAGUCUUUAUCUGUAAAGUCUGUGCUGAAUCCACUGUGACGUGCCAAAAACAAAAUCUUUUGGAAUGUAAUGUAAAUACCAGGAACACCUUGGUUUUAACUUGACACACCAUUUGUUUUGUUUAUUCAUUUGUACCUUUCCUCAGCCUGUGAGAUUGCCCAGGAACAGCAGACAAUCUCUGCUGUCAUGUUCUGUGUAGUAAUAUUUCGCAUGGUCCACACAGACAAAGCUCACAGUAGUAUUCUUAGUGUAAAUGGCCUACAAAGAAAUGCAGAAAUAGUAAAUAGCUACCAAUAUGUGCUUGUGAGAUCUUACAGGGGUAUUAUUGACUUUGAUGUGGGACUACUUUAGAUAAUGGUUAAAGCAUUUAUUCUCAGGAUUAGUACUUUGACUUACUAACACCAUUUGGUAAGUUAAUGAAAAAACUAUAUGACUUAUUAAGCACUUAAAUCUAUAUUUUAUUAUGUUGAAGAAAUAUCCAGAAGUAUUGCAUAUUUAUUUUAAUAAUUAAUAUUGUGUUAAAUCAUUUAAUAUAACAUUUAAUGGAUUUUGUUAUUCAGAGUUUCUUAUUAGAUGAGAUUGAACUAUUUACUCAGGAAAUUCUUAUAUUUAGAUUUUGGGUUAUACAUGCAAGGACUUUUUCAGAAAUCUAACUAUACUAAGUUACCAAAGCUGUUACUGUUUGCUUAAUAACUGAUCGUUAAUGCAUUACUUGUUUGUUACAUAUUCUGCUGUAGCAGUAUAAGCUAAACAAAUAGUCUUUGUACAAUAGCUUAGACAAUCACUAAGUUUCUAUGUCUUAAACUACACAAUUUGAAUGUAGAAAAUAACCACAAAUUUGUUUCCGCACACAUUUCACGAUGAAACAUUUUAACACUAACAAUAGUGUCAUGUAGGCUUUUGUUUUGUAAUUGUAUUGCUUUAGGUUUGCUGGAUUUAAGUAAAAAUAUCUGAUAUAUAUAUAAGCAGAAAAUAUUAAAAGGCUGAAAUGUUCACAGAGAUAAAACCUCUUGUUUGUAACUUCUGCCAUUCUAGUUAAAGAGCAAAGCACUUUUUUUCUUAAGAUAGGCUACCUUUACUAGUGUAAAAUCAAUGUAACCUGCCUAAAAAUAUACCUGUAUCUAUUCUUCUCUUCACUGAAUCAUAUGGCCAUGAUAAAAGUGAGGACAGCUGUCUGUUGUAAAGAGAGAUCCCUGAUUGUUUUGGUUAGAAGCGGUAUCUGGUGCAAAACUAGAUGCCACCCUAUUUGCCCACUCGAUUUAUAAGUGAGUCAAGGUAAGUGAUUAGGUGUAGUCUGUUGGCCUGUAAUUACACCAAUGAUGAACAUGAGUAUGCUGGCCAUUGUGUGCAACUAUAAAUGUGACAAUUAUAGUACUGUAUAACUAGAUAAAGCGUCCACUACCUCUUUUGUUUUUUUCUAUAGGUAAUUGUCUUUGGAAAGAAAAUCUUAAUCAUAUUAUUGAGUUUAAAACAUUGAAUCCCUCCAUUAAUAUGCUGUCAUGAUUCAUGUUCAGUCUGUUCUGUUUAAAUAUAAUCUGAAGGCUUUAAUUGCAUUUAGUAUCAUGUUGACAUUCAGCACCAUGUAAAAUGUCUUGAAUGACAUCCAUUACCACUACCGACAUUUAUUUAAAUACAAAACUGCUUUUGCGGAUUUAUACGCAAGUGAAACGCGUAUUGUUAUAGAUCGUGGAAAUGGCAAGUACCGUAGGAAGCCCACUCUUUAAGUUGCCUUUUAUUCAAACUGGAAUAUAAUCAUCUGAAUUUAUACUGUGAUCUCAAUGUGUACUGUGCCAUUAGGCUGUUUUGUCAGUAACAUUUGUCAUUUUUUCACUUGUGAUGAAGAUGCUAUGGCUUAGCACCGUUUGGUUUAUACACUACAAGUUUUAUACGUAAUAUUGUUGGUUCUGUUGUGUAGUUUGUUAGACUUAGUUUACAUUGAUGUUUUUUAUUGUUAUAAUUAUCCAUUUGUAGCCAGAAAGAUAAAUGAAUGUAUUGGAUCCUGUGGUCAUGUAGAUCAGGGUGGUGUGUGCGUAUGUUUGUGUUUCAGUAUGUAUUUUGAUAAUUAUGAUUGGACAGAAUUGAUUUUAAUUGGUUUUUGAGUGCAUUUUACUAUAAGGUGUAUGUGCCUUUUCAGUAUUCCCAAAAUGGUACACUUUAUGUGGACAUUACGCUUUUUUGUGUUUGUGUGAAUAUAUUUUCUAUUCAAUACAAAAUGAUUGCAGUUUUAUUUUGUAUUUUAUAUAGUACACCAGUUUGAUGUGUGCUUAGUGAAAUCGUAGACAAUAUGUAGCAUGUUGAAUUUCUUUUGAAAAAGAAACAAGUUAAAGUUGAUCUUUAUGUGCAUGUGUUAUUGCAACAGACCUAGGGGUUGCUGUAGUCAAAUGGAUGACUCAAGCACUUUCCUGCAGGAAACAUGUCUUUUUAGUGGCAUGUUUUUAUAUUUUGAAUUCUUACAAGAAUAACUAUCAUAUUGGGAACAAAUGGAUGCCUUCUCACAAUUUAUAAAUUUGUUUACACCUCUUUUGCUUAGGUGGGUUGGGUAUUACUGGGUGUGUGUAGUGGUGAGCAAUUUGAUUCCAUUAGUCAGUCUGCAUUAAAAAGUUGUUUUUAUUUCAAUAUAGAUGGGUUUGUCCCAGUCAUACGUUGAGAAGUGGAACUUGAAACUGCUGGGUUAAAGCGGCAAUUUGACUGUCAGUUUCUGCCACAUGAAAUAAGUUGCCAUUUUUAUUUUAUUUUAUGCUUAGCUCUCACACUUGCUGAGGUAAAUUAAUGUCAGCAUCAGUGGAGAAAUGUUUUUGUUUAAAGCCAGCAUAUCCCAUAUGAGAGUACAUUUUUAAGGCGCAACAGAAGGACUCUUGCUCUGUUUUUGCUGAAGUUAUUGUCCGUUUUCUUUGAAGCUCUUUCUAUUGAAUUGGAGUGUAAGGCUCUUUUGAUUUUGACCAACUGUGAAAAGAGGAUCAACUGCCUCUCCAUAGCAGGUUUUCUGCUUCUAUUUUUGAAAACCAGAGAACUCUGAACAAAAACAAUGACCUGUUUUUUGCAAGCAGUUGCAAAACAUGUUCAUAUCUUUCAGGCCUUUGUUUAUUCUGAACUAUCCUGUUUGAAAUUAGGCCUUUGCAGUGUAGCCAUUCUCUGGAUUUUACUUGAAUGGUCAUGGACAAGUAUUUGGCAGUAAUUGUUCUGCAGUCCAGUCUGUGUUCUGUGUUUUCAUACUUAAAUAUGAAGUGGCAGUAUGCAUAUGGCUUCUUAUUCUUGUUAUUGCCAUACAAGCAACAAAUUAAGAAAUGCGGGGUGUAACAAUGAUAUGGUUUUUUGAGACUUCAAUACUGUUUUUAAAAUGUUGGUGCAGUUGUACUUUUGAGUUGGCUUCAUAAAUGUGCCAAGAAUGGGAUAAAGAGUGGAUCUGAGCACAGGGAAAGAAAUAACUGUUGUGAUGGUUCUGUUGCACUUAAUACAUUUGAAUACAAACUGGCCACUGCCUGUGUGUCUCCUGGUUUGAUUGAAUUGAUUCAUUUUAGGACAUGGGAUCUCAUAUGUACAUUAUGUUAUGAAGGACAGUCCAGGGACAUGUGACUUGUGAUGUUAAGCACAUUACGACUGAAGAAACAAUCCCAAUUUUCCUAUGUAGUGUAUGUAGCAUUGCGCAAAGUCCACAUUUUUCUCUUUUCAAGUAGUACAUUGAGUACAAAUUGGGUUUAGCUUUCAGGAGAAUGCUUGUUAUACCCCUGACCUGGCAACCCUUUUACAGGUAAUACUUCUAUCAGGAUAAUCAGCAUUUAAUGGAAUAUAAAAGUGGCAUGGAAUGUAUUUAUGCAAUAAUAUUCACAAAAAAUGGUAACAAACUGAUUAGUAUGUAUGUCAUUUUUGAAUGAGACCAUUACUUGAUUUUUCAGAUUUGUCUUCAUUCCUUAUCCAGCCAGAGGCAGCAGGAAUGUAUUGGCUAACACCAAGCCUUUGCACAUGCCAUGCUUCAUAAUAAGAAAGGGAAUUCAAAUGCAGACUAAAUCUUAAGCAAUGCAUUUUACAACAUAAAAAGGAGACAAAAGGUGUUCUUUCAGCACUGUGACCAGCAGAGGGCGGGGUGAACAGACAAACUGGCAUGUGUUUGUUUCUUCUCUCUUUGCAUUCUGCUCACUGUGGACCACUGUGGUGUUUUUGAAGAGAUUAGGAAAUAAGGAUUUUUUAUGUUGUUAUUUUAUUUCUGGAAGUCAUGUCAUUGAAACUAGGCCAAAAUAGGAAAUUGCCAAGAAAAUAUGUUGUUAAAGAUAGUUAAAUUGAGUUUUUUCUUUGUUCUUUUUCGCUUGUAUAUACGUAGAUGAUUUUAUGUUCUGUAUGACUUCGCUGGUGGAGUGAUUGUAGAUGCUUUGCUGUUUAAGAAUUCCUUGUUUUGCAAAUUUGGGAGACCAUUGUGCUCAAAUUCUGGACUACCUGCACUACUGAAGUGAACAUUCAGGUACCCACAUUUAGACCUUUAGACCCUGCAACUGAGGAGUAAGGCAAUACCUUAAAAUCAAGUUUACGAGAUGCACUUGUGUGUCAGCAAACACGCUAUUUGAGAUGGUAUACGGGGGUGGGUAGGGUGUGAUUGGUUUGCCCUCAGACCAAUCACAGUCAAUGUAUUCUGUGCUAUGUAGUUUGUAUCCUGACAUUUAAUUUUCCUCCAGCAAGUAUUGAAACCUAUUAUUAGGAAAAAGGAAUGCCUGCUACCACACAAAAGAACAUGUAAUCAGAUUUUUUAGUCUGUCAGAUUCAUUUUGCAUCAUGUUCACUGUAGUUCAUUGCCUGUGAUACGUACAGUGGAAACAUUUGUCUUAUCAUUGUCCCUCAAUUUCACCAUCACAUUUCAAGGUAUUCAAUUCAAAACAGGACCUUAAAAAUCAACAAUGAAGUGUUGCUUUCUGUUUUAGUUUAGCUGCAUUUUGUUUUCCAGAAAAGUGUUUUUUUAUAUUUGAUACUUUUUUUCCUUUUUGAGUGUUUGAGUAAAACCCUAAUGAGCUCACCUGUCCAGGUAAAUACUGCAUAUCAUCUUCAACCUGUAGCCAGUGUUAGUAGUGUGGGAAUAGUUACUGGAGUAACUCAGCCCAUUGUAGUGUUGCAGUGAAGUUAAUAACGGGAUACUAUGAUUUACUGUAAUGUGUAUCAGAACAAGGAAUACUGCGAUGUGGAAGGUUCCUAAUUAAUACUGAUUAUUGAUUAUAUGGCUUAAUUCCCAUUUUAUGCAUCCUGGUUUAAAGAACAUGUAUUUGUUGAUGGUGAAUUUACUGUGUGUUAAUAAACCUUGACCAGUAAUUAACAAAUAAAGAUACAAAAUGGGGAAGAGAAACCACUUGUGGAUAUAUUUUGAAUAGGCUGUAUCCACAAGAUCAUGCUUUGGAUAUUUUGAUGUUAUGUUGAGACCAAGUACUUCGGUUUUGAAGCUGUUUUAAGAAAAAAAUUGUUUUAAUUGUGUAUGAGUGGAAAACUAACCAGAAUUUGGAAAAUGUGCUAUAUCUUCAUAUUCUCAUGCAAUUUUUUGUGCAAAAUAUCGUUAUAUAGCUGUAAAAUACUUAAUCCACAUUGGCCUCCUCAUGUCCAUUUCACUCUGCUGUAUUGGUUUACUUGCAUGAAGAGCUUAACGUUGAGCAUCAUUGUACACUAUGCCUUCUAACUCUUGCCUGAGCUUUCAUUUCCUGUUUUGGUAAAUAGUUUUUGUUCUGAUCCUGUCACACAUGUCUCCCCCGCUAAACUCUAUAGAGCCUGUGUGGUGGUUCACAAUUUGAUUCCAGUGCUGAAUUUCUGUUUUUAUUUUGUUGGGUUGCAGAGAUUCGUUGAAUACUAAGAAACAUGGUUAAAGAUGUUGAAAGUAAUUUAGAAGAUUUACUGACAAAAAUAACAAAUAAAAAAAUGUAUUACUUGA